CUCCAGCGCGCGAAGAGAACACCUCUGUGGAGCGUUCAGCCAAUCAGGGGCCGGCCGACCUCCUCUUGGGCCCCGCCCACCAGCCUAUAUUAAAGGCUCGGCCGUCAGCAGCAUUGGCCACUGGCACAAUAUUAUCCUCAUUGAUUCCACUAUCCGAGGAAAGACGAAGAGGGGAUUUUACUUUAUUCAACCUUUUCAUUUCAGCCGUCCCUUUAUUUUAGUGAACUAAAACAAUGGCAGACACAAAAGUUGACACCGGCAAGGAGAUCUCUGCCAAGGAUCUGAAAGAGAAGAAGCUGGCGGAGGAGAAGGAGAACGGAAAAGACACCGCCACCAACGGGAAGGAGAAUGAGGAGAACGGCGAGCCCGAGGUAGAUGAUGAAGAAGACGAUGAAGUGGACGAGGAGGACGAGGAAGAUGACGGAGAAGGCGAAGAAGACGACGAGGAAGACGACGACGACGAGAUCGAGGGCGGCACAAAACGGGCAGCUGACGAUGACGACGACGACGAAGAGGACGACGUCGAAACCAAGAAGCAGAAAACCGACGACGACGAUUGAUGUGUUUCUCUCCCCCCCCACCCCCCCCAGCCGCGCCAUCCUGCUGAACCGCUUCCCGAUUCUUCACCUCGGACUCGUUUUUUUUUCAAAAUGUCUCAGGUGGAGGCGCGGGUGGACUGAUUUCAAAGGAGAAAAAAAUAAUAAUAAAAAAAAAAAAAUAUCCAACAUGGUCACUAGCAAGUAGAGUUCAACCAACACACACAUCUACCACACACACACACACACGAUCUCCCCUCAAAACAAAAUUUUCUAGAGGAACCCGCCAACACAUUGACGCAGAAAUCUGGCUUCUCUUCAACAACAACAACACGGGAAAAAAAAAGAAUUAGUUUGUAUUUUUAUUUACAUUUUAUAUUUUUGUACAUAUUGUUCGGAGGGGGGGUCGGUUUCUCUCUCGGCAGCGAUCUCGUCAGACCAAAAUCGGUGCUUCUUUAACGAAAGAUUUUACUUGGUUGACCAUGUUAACGAUAUCUCGACAGAUACUAGGAAAAAAAACGACAGUUAAAAGAC